AUGCAGGAGGAGCAGCGCCCGCCGCCGCCGGCGUACAUGCAGCACGAGCCCGAGUCGCUGCAGCUGCCCAGCGUGCCCACACACGCGCCGGAGCGCCAUAAUGGCCGUCUGCCCGGCAUCCGCGCGCUCGACCUGCCCGAUGCGCCUGCGCGCCACACGCCGCGCAACUCGGUCGAGAUGAGCCCGCGCGCGCUGGCCGACGCCCACUGGACUCUGCCGGCGCUGCACAGCGCGACGUUCCCGCGCGUGCCCGAGGGCUUGGUGGAUAUCGGCAGCCCCAUGGACACGGCGAGCGUGCUGAGCGCGCAGGACGAGGCCGCGCGCCGCGAGACGAGCGUCAGCAUGGACGACCCCGACGUGCGCCUGGCCGCCGAGGCGCUGAGCGGGCUGGGCAACCCAGACUUUGUGCGCUCCCCGCCCGCCCGCACCCGCACCCGCGAGCCCGCCGAGCCGCAGCAGCCCAUGCUGUCGCUCCUCACGUCGAACCACCCGUGGCUGGGCGGCACCAUCAGCGGCUCGCUCGCCGCCUACAACCUGACCAAGGACUACUCGCCGCGCUUCGUCAAGUACGGCGCCGAGCUGGUCGAGCGCAACGUCGGCUCGCCCAUGGUCAACACCGUGUCGUCCGUCGGCCGCCGCACCGGCAUGGAGAAGAACCUGCGCCGCUACCUGGGCGAGCAGCACCGCCGCCCCAGCGACCUCGAGCGCGACGCCGACGCCCCGCGCAAGCGGCCCCGCGCCGCCUCCCCCGACGCCAUGGAUCUCGACCCCCGCACCCGCACCCGUGGCGGCUCGCACUCGUCCUGCGCAGAGUCGCUGCCCGCCUACGACGACCAGCGCUCCCCCAACUACGAGGAAUCGCCCGCCACCGCCCCGGCCUCCAAGGACCCCGGCCACCCCUCGCAAUCCCCCGCCCACCAGCGCCCGCUCCCCUGGUCCACGCAACUCAUAAUGACGACCUCCGGCCUCGGCGCGGCCCUCUCCGCCGCCUCCCUGCGCUCCCUCAAACAAUGCCUCGCGCUCCUGCGCAGCGCGACCACACACAUCGACUCGGUGAUGCAAGCCCUGAAACUCGUACUCUCGGACUACGAGACCGCACUCCGCCGCCGCAGCCCCGACGACCAACACCCGCCGCCCGACGUCCGCGCCAUCGCCGACCGCCUCAAGGCCCUCAGCGCAGACAUCUGGCUCACGCUGCAGCGCGUCGUGGCCGCCGUCUCGCGCCACACCGGCGGCGCGCUGCCGCUCAACGCCCAGCAGGUCGUGCGCACGCAGCUGCUGUCUGUGCCGCGGCGGUGGCAGCACGCGGGCGCGCGGGCGCGCGACGAGGAGCGUGGCGCUGAGGACCGGGGUGCAGAGGGCCGCGGUGCUGAGGGCGAGGAAGAAGGGCCUGUAAGAGGUGCGACAAGGAUGCUGGCGUUUGCUAUGGAGGGGCUGGAUAUGAUGGGUCAGAUUACGGCGGUUGUGGAUGGCACGGUUAGGUCCGCGGAGGUGUGGUUGGCGAGGAUUGGGCGGGCGCCGGCGGAGGAGGAGGGUGCGGGGGAUGAGAAGAGGGCGUUUGGGGGGCAGGGGGAGGGGAGGGUGGAGGGGGAGAAGCGGUGAGAGGGGGUGUGUGUGAGAGAGAGAGCGUGUGUGUCUGAGAGAGAGUGUGUGUGUGCGUGUGCGUGUGUGGGUGUGUGUGUGUGUGUGUGUGUGUGUGUCAACCCCCUCCCCCUCCCUCCUCUCGAGCGCCUUUCCUUUGUCCGCCGCCCGUUGAGCGAGGCGUCUUGUCCCAUCUUGUGCCCUCCCGGCGCGUGUUGCGCGGUGCUAUCCGUGCCAUCUGCCCUCUGUAGCGCCAUCCCUUUUCUACAAAACACUUCCCUUCUGGCCGAUAGGUUUCGUUGCAAAAGAGAGAGGUGUGUGUGCGUCUUAAACGUACGGUCUUGAAUGUACUGUCCGAAAUACACG